AAUGACUAGUAUAUGUGAACAUAUUAAUGAAUAACACAUCACUUGGUCAGUAUAGGGUUAAAUGAUAUAUAAAGAUCAAUGUACUAGAUGUUUUGUAGAAGCUAAAAGUGAAAAUGGUAUUUAAGUUUGUUUGAAAUGUUUUAAUGGAGGUUGUAUUGAAAUGCAUAGUCCUCAACAUAGUGAUUAACAUAAUCAUUUCAUUGUUUUAAAUAUUAGAUUAUAUGAAAUUGAAUAACCAUAAUAGAAAGUGGAAGAUAUAAAUAAAUUAGUAAUAGCAGAUAUUCCAUAAUUGUAAAGUGAAACAAGUGUGAUAUGUUUGAAAUGUUAGAAAAUAUUAAGUUCUCCAGAAUUGGAUGGAUUGGUCUAAUCAAUUAAAUAAGCCAAUUCUGCAUUUUAAAGAUAAGCAAUAGCCUAAUGGGAACAUACAGCUUAACCAUGUGAACAUACUUUAACAAUGGAAUAGAUACCAUUAGUUGAAAAGAAUUUAUAAAAAUGUAGAAGUUGUCAUUUAUCAUCUAAUUUGUGGUUAUGUUUAUAUUGUGGACAUGUUGGUUGUGGUAGAAAGAUGUAUGAUGGAUCAGGAGGAAAUAAUCAUGCAGUUGAUCAUUCUAAAGACUAUUAACAUCAUUUAGUAGUUAAAUUAGGAACUAUUACAUCUGAUGGUAAAGGUGAUGUAUAUUGUUACAAAUGUGAUGAUGAAGUUAUAGAUAAUUUUCUUAAAGAACAUUUGGCUAAUUAUGGAAUUGAAAUAGAAAAAUAAGUGAAAACUGAAAAAACAAUAGCUGAAUUAACAUUGGAUGCUAAUUUAACAUUGUAAUUGAGUAAAUUAAUAGAAGAAGGUUAAAUAUUAGAUCCUAUUUUUGGACCUGAAUUUACAGGAAUUGAUAAUAUUGGAAAUACAUGUUAUAUGAAUUCAGUUGUCUAAGUAUUAUUUAGCAUACCUGAAUUUUAAUAAUUAUACUCUCUUGAUCAUUAAUUUAUUUGCACUGCAUUACCAUAUAAUUGUGUUUUAUGUUAAAUUAGUAAAGUUAAUCAUGGUUUAAAUAGUGGUGAUUUUUCAAUCAAGAAAGUAUCAAAAUCUGCUUUAGAUACUGAAGGAGCAUAAAAAGAUUUCUAUUAAGAUGGAAUUAGAUUAUAUGAUUUCAAAUAAUUAGUUGCUAAAGGUAAUUAACAUUUUCUAUCUAAUCAUUAAUAAGAUGCAUUAGAAUAUUGGCAAUUAUUAAAUUCAUUCUUUUAGAAAACAGAAAAAUAAUUUAAAUUAUAAUAAUUAUCAUCUAUUUUCUCAUAUGAUUAGACAACUAUACUAAAAUGUGUUAAUUGUGGAGGACAUAAAGUUAAUGUUGUUAAAAAUUAAGAAUUUAAAGUACCUGUUGAAUAACCUACUUAAGAUUAAAUUGAUCUCUAUCAUAUACAAGAGAAAUAAAAAUAUGAAGAGAGAAUUAAAACAAUGAAACCAGAAGAUAUUAAACCAUUUUAAUUAAAUGAUUUACCUGAGUAUGAUACAACAUUUGAAAAGUCUUUAUAAUUAUUAAAACAAGGAGAACGUGUAGAUAUGUUCUGUCCUAAAUGUUAAUCUCUAUAAGUAUUUGUUAAAUAAGAAUACUUUAAAACAUUCCCAAAAUAUCUAUUUGUACCUGUAAUAAGAUUUGUCUAAGAGAAUUGGGUUCCUAAGAAAUUGAAUGCCUCUAUUAAGAUUUAAUAGUUCUAUGAUUUGGCUGAUUUCAAAGAACCCGUUCUCUAAGACAUAGAUGCUUUAAAAGAGUAAAAUGUAUAGGAAUACACAGAAGAUAACUUAUAAACUUUAAUGGGAAUGGGAUUUGGUGAAAAUAGAUGUAAACGAGCACUAAUUAAAUAUAAGAAUGAUGUUGAAGCUGCUAUGAUGUUUAUUAUGGAAUCUUUAGAUGAUCCAACUCAAGAUUAACCAUUAUAAUAGAAACAACAAGGUCCUUAAAUAAGUGAAGAAUUUGUGGAAUAAAUAGUUGCAAUGGGAUUCAAUCAAGAUUAAGCCAGAUUUGCAUUAUCUAAAACAGUAUAUUUAUAGUAUUUAUAUAUAAAAGGAUAAUAAUUUAGAGAGAGCUAUGGAUUAUAUAUUUAAUCAUGACUUAGAAUUAGAAAUGAAAUAGCCACAAGAGAAAUAAUAAUAGAAGUAGGAUCAAUUUGAAAAUCAAACAUCCAAAUAUGAAUUGUUUGGUAUUAACUUUCUCUAUUAUAUUUUUUAGCUUGUAUAGUUCAUUUAGGAAAAUCUGUUCAUUGUGGACAUUAUGUGUCUUACAUUAAAAAGAAUGGAGAAUGGAUUCUAUACAAUGAUUCUAAGGUUGCCAAAUCAGCUGAGCCUGCAUUAAAUAAGGGUUAUAUGUAUAUCUUCAGAAGACUAGAUUGAA